CAGAUGAUGUACAGGUUAUCAGUUGUCUAGUCUGAGGAUUGCCUUAGCUUUGCUAUGUCACAAACGCAGCGUUACAACAAUGACCUAGCCGGCUGUCUCUGUUCUCUUUUGUCUUUGUGAAUCUGUCAGUACAUGUAGUAAGACUUAGAGUAGAUAUUGUUGUGUCGUUGUGUAUCCAUUCUCAGACCGGUCUACAAACUUGUAGUGGUCACUCAAUCACGGCUACUGCUGCUGCUGCCCAACCAUCGACGUCCAUUAGCCGUACUAAUAUAGCGGAUGUCCGGGUUGGCAGUGUGGCAGACCAGACAGACACAGUGCGGAUAAAGAUGAAGACAGCCGAACAUGUCAAAAGACCUAUGAACGCAUUCAUGGUGUGGUCAAGGGAGGAAAGGAAACAGUUUGCACAGGAGAACCCAAAGAUGCACAACUCGGAGAUCUCAACAAAGCUCGGCGAAAAGUGGAAGCGGCUGACCGAGGAAGAGCGUGCGCCUUACGUGGAUAAGGCCAGAAGCAUCAGAACAGAACAUAUGAAGAAGUUUCCGGAUUACAAAUACAGGCCGAAGCGCAAACCGAAGACCAUCUCUGCCACUUCUCGUGUUCCCACCACAAAUCAUGAUGAUGAGAGUGGUCCGGAUAGUCCACCUGACUCCCUGAAUGGGAGAGGUUAUGACCACCGGCGGUACCCGUUCUCGCCAUAUCAAACCUCUCGCGGCUCCAGAGCACCAGCUGGUGGAGUGCCAGUUGGAACACUGACAAGAGCGAGUAGUGCUUUUAACUUUCCUACAGCAAUGUCCGCAAGCGGAUGGACGAGCAGUGGAACAUCUCUCUCCAGUUCUACAACACCUAUGGGACAGUAUAGUCAACUUCAACGCAGCUCUAUAUCUCUUCCUGAUUUGAAUGCUGCCACCAUCGUACCAGCUAGUUCACUCCAGCCAGUACCAGUAAAUGUAUUUCCUCAGGCAAAUCCACCCGCCCCCGGACGCCAGAUGGCCACCAUGGUAUCGACUACACAGGCAUUGAACGGCGGAAGCAGCAGUGCCACCAACCUGUACACUGCAGCACCGCAGUACCAAACGUUUAUCCUACCAAGUGCCGCUCCUGGACAGCCUCAAGCGGUAAUGGCAGCUGGAGCAGCGCCGCACUACGCCGUGAAAGUGGAGUCAGUGCAACAGCCGCAGCAUUCCUACCCAGGCCCAGCACCUGUUGUACUCACGUCGCUGCCGCCGCAGAUCCUACCCCCGACUCCUGGUGCCAUCCAUGCUAACCAAGCGGCGACAGCGGCGACAGGGUCCCCUUCACUAAUGGCAGCACCCGCUAGCGCUGCUCAGUGCGCAGUACAAUAUACAAACCAGGCACCUGCAGCACGGGACCAUCAAGCUCCAGUUUAUUAUCUAGUACAACAACCCACGCAUAAUGUUCAGAUCCAGUAAACAAAGAAAAACACACACGCAUACAUACAUUUUCAUUGGCUUGAGGGAAAGAUGCAAACUUGCAUAUGAAUAUAUGCAGUACAUCUUCUUUUGCCAUUUAUCCCAUGUAAGUUGAGUGUGUGAUUCUUCAGUAUGCCAAAAAAAAACAGGAUUCGAGGGCAAGUAAGAGCUUCCUUCGCUUACAUGUAAAUGAUUGUAUCAAAGAAGGCGUUACCGGCUGUUUGUGCUGCGACUUUAAACUAAACUCAACAUCAUUCAUCGUAUUGUUCUGAUUCCUGAUUUCUCGCACAUAUUCGGGAAUAUAGUGGACUUUCGUAUAAAAAUAAAAUAAAAUAAAAUACUUCGAUGCUUCUGUUCUUCGUCCACGCCAUCAAUAUUGUCGCUGAACUUUUACUUGGGACAACAACACCUGGCUUGUACAAGUUGUUCUGCUCCACUUGCUCCAUCAUCAAAUUUAUUUGAGGGAGAGCAGCUGCUAAGCUCCCGAACAUAGCUGCACAAAACAAUAAAACGAGAACAUUAAAAUAAUUGUUCUAGCCAUUCAGUAUUCCCUUCACUUAUCAGAUCUUUUAAAAUGAUCCGAACAGCGCUGUGUGAAGGAAUUUUCUAUUUGCUGAUAGCGAAAGCUUGGAGUCGUGUUGCUGGUGUGCUCCAGGUCUGCCAGAGAGCGCAGGUGGUGGAGGUAGAAGAACUACAGUAGAAAACCCCACGGUGUACAAGCAUCUCGUAUCUCAUCGUGAUUUCUGCAAAAGGUUUUCGGAUUUUUCUUUUUUUCUGCUUUGUAAUCAUCAUUGUAGUGUACAGUACAUGUAUGUCAUGGAUGAGUCAAUGCAAAAUGGCCGCCAUACUCGGAAUCGGA